AUAGCAUCCCGUCAUCCACCAGCAGAAGCAGAGGAAAUUAAUGUAAAAGUGAAAAAGAUUAUGGAGGAGAUAGAAACUAUAAUGCCGCUAGAACAAAUGGGAAAUCUCAGCGAACAGGAACGUAAACAAUGGGAACAGCGAAGAGAACAAUUAUUGCAAAGACGUUUAAGGGAACGAACAUUUGCCUGGAAACCGGUACAGUAUGGAGAAUAUGAAGCACUGGUGUAUGCAGUGGCCAGAGGGGCACAUGAGUAUGGUGUCUUAAUGCGCAUAUUACAGGAAAUCAAGACACGUGAUUCGGAAUUUAAGCCACAAAGUUAUUUUGAUUUUGGUUCGGGUGUGGGCACCGGUAUGUGGGCCAGUAGUAGCCUAUGGAAAGCCAUAUUCGAAUAUUUCAAUGUUGACAGUUCCAGGCAUAUGAAUGAAUUAUCCGAAUUAAUUUUAAGGGAUGGCAAUGAAAAUCAACAAAUGACUUUGAAAAAUGUUUUCUAUCGUCAGUUUUUGCCCGGAUUAGAAACCAAGUAUGAUUUAGUUAUAUGCUCCCAUUCCUUGUUCGAAUUAGCCAGCUCAGAAAACCGUUUAAGUGUGAUAUUAAAUUUGUGGAAGAAAUGUGAUGGUUAUAUGAUUAUAGUAGAAGAGGGCACAAGACGUGGUUCCCAAUUGGUAAAUGAGGCCAGAGAUUUGGUUUUAUCCUUUGAAGAGCAUAGUUUAGUGGGUCAUGUUUUUGCACCGUGUCCACACGACAACAUUUGUCCGCGCCUUUCGAAUCCGGAAGAUCGUACUCCCUGUAAUUUCGAAAUUAAUUUUGUGCCAACAAAUUUAAACAAAAAUAGCAAACGUACAGCAACAGCCAGAUUUAGUUAUGUGAUACUUAAAAAAGGACUACCAGAAGAUAGUACAAGAGCAUGGCCGAGAAUAGUACGUCCUACACUAUUACGUUCGAAACAUGCCAUUUGCAGAAUGUGCACGUCAGAGGGCAAAUUACAAGAAAUUAUAUUUACCGAAUCUAAACAUGGCAGACCCGCCUAUAGAUGUGCCAAAGCUGGUCGUUGGGGUGAUCGUUUGCCUAUAACUAUUGGUGAACCUUUCGAAACCAUGACUAAGACAAAAGCUAAAACUGUAACUAAUACAAAUCCUGAGACUGUGCCACAACAACCUUUAAAAGAAGAAUAA